AUGGCCCUCUACGUUAAUUUAGAGUGCACCUUCCUCUAAUCUUAUUUUACCGAGUUGUUAUUAUUAUUAAAAGGCAAUAAUGAGCUCUCAAGUUCUUGCAACAAUUUUCCAUUUUGUGGCUUUUGCGUAUUACUGCUACGUCUACGCAUAUUACAAGAUGGAAGUUGAUUUGAAACUCCCACAUCAUAACUCGUUUGGGGGAGAUCUCAAGUUUCUUACUGUCUGGUGUACGCUUUUCCAGAUACUGUAUUUCUUUGUAUGCUGCGUGACGGACCUGAUCCUUACAUCAGGUAGCAGAACUAGAAUAGGGCAGACUUUUCUUGGCCUAAGAGAUUGGUUUUACUGCUCUGUAGCAUUUCCAAUAACAUUGCUAGUUGGAUUGAUGUACUGGGGUAUCUACGCUAUAGAUAGAGAGUUGAUCUACCCUGUACGGAUCCAAGAUGUGUAUCCUAUGUGGCUUAGUCACUGUAUGCACACCUAUAUAGUUUUCAUUAUGCUGCUUGAGGCAUACUUGUUGAAGCAUAAACAACCUUCGAGGAAAUCAGGAAUGCUUGGCUUACUUGUCGUUGGCUUGUCUUAUUUAUUAUGGAUGCUUUACCUAGGUUUUGUGAAAGACUUAUGGGUGUAUCCUUUCCUGCAAGAAUUAGAAGGCAUCUACUUUGUCAUCUUUGUAUUGGCAACUGCAUCCUUCCUAGCAGCUUUGUACUUUGCAGCUGAGCGGUGCAACCUAGUUUUUGGAAAAAACAAACCUGAUCCUGAUCUCAUGUAUUCCAAGAUUGAUUGAGGAGCAUUCCAUCCCAGCGAUCAUCAACCUGAUGAGUUUCAACAACCUGGGCCCUGUAAAACAAAGGUCAGGGUUCCCAGCUUUUCAAGAAAACAAAAUCCCCUGAUGAAGUUUAAAGGUCAAGUCCACCCCAACAAAAAGUUGAUUUGAAUUAAUAGAGAAAAAUCAAAGUACCAUAAUGCUGAAAGUUUCAUCAAAAUCGGAUGUAAAAUAAGAAAGUUAUGACAUUUUAAAGUUUCGCUUAUUUUUUACAAAACAGUGAUAUGCACAACCCAGUGACAUGCAAAUGAGACAGCCGAUGAUGUCCAUCACUCACUAUUUCUUUUGUUUUUAUUGUUUGAAGUAUACAAUAUUUCAUUUUUUACAGAUUUGACAAUAAGGACCAACUUGACUGAACCAUAUAGUAUUAAACAAUGCUAACUCCACAUGUUCAUAGAGGAUUUGAUUGUUGUUUCAGUUGACAAUGAGGAGAAAACUAGAAUAUUUCAUAGAAUAUAAUACAAAAGAAAUAGUGAGUGGAUGACGUCAUCAGUCUCCUCAUUUGCAUAUCGACCAGGAUGUUCAUAUAACUGUUCUGUGAAAGUAAGCAAAACUUUAAAAUGCCAUAACUUUCUUAUUUUAUAUCCGAUUUUGAUGAAAUUUUCAGUGUUAUGCUUGUUGGAUUUUUCUCUUUUUAUUCAAAUCAACUUUUUGUUGGGGUGGACUUGUCCUUUAAAAAUUCCCUGAUAAUUGUUUAAACCCAAUCCCAGUUUCGCAUGUUUUCUAAGUUGUUGCAGUGAAUUACAUGUAUUUUUGGUAUAAAAUCAAUAAUGUAAAACUAAUUAGUGCCACCAUAACCAGUCAUUCAAUGGAUGUUGUUUUGAUAUGCAACAAAAUAUAACAGAGCCUGACUGACUACCGUGCUUUCGACUUAUGGGCUGAUCAAAAUUCCCUGAUUUUUUCCCUCAUUUGAGGCAUUUUCCCCCUGAUUUGAGGAAUUUUUAAUCAAAUUUCCUGAUUUUUCCCUGACUGGAAAAAUGUAAAAUAAGUUCCCCUGGAACCCUGAAGGUUAGUGAUUAUUCACUUAAUGAAACAGCCUAUCAAGAUCAUCGUUGCAUGUGCAUUUUGCUCAGUAGACUGACAAGGAACCAAUCAGAAUUGCUCUUUCAAAUUAACAAUUAAUCGCCAAUCUUUGUGUUAUAGGCCUUAGGCCUCUUUUCUGAACUGGGAUUUAAUUUAAACUCUGGUCUUAAGUCAUGAAUUAACUAUGGAUAGCCAAUUGUGACAGGGUAUCUCUAGCAGUACAAGUGAAAUUUGUAAGCUCAUUUGACACUCAAAUCAUGUUCAACUGAUGGGGAAUGAUUACUGAAAUUAUUCUCUUUGUCAUUAAAACAUGAGGAAACUGCCAAUUAAGCAUUGGCGGCGGAUGCCAAAGUUUAGGGGGGUCCACCUGAAAUUUUGGGAUGGACACAGGUAAAAAAUUUGACAAGCAAAAAAAAAAGGUUAUCAACCAACAAGUGGAACGCCUCUGGCAGUCUCGCCUGCAUUACGCAAUUUAAUAUAGCAGCAGUGCUAACUUUGAAAACUACUAUAAAAUAAUCAUUCACAAAAACAUCAUUCAUAUAAUGACAUAAUACCACGUUCAUUGACCAUAAAUUACAUUUGAACGGAGACUUAAGACUGUCAACUACACCCAUGUCCACAUUUCAUUCACUCUAUCCAUAAACUUUCAAAGUUAUGAUGGCACUUCAACAAUUACCCCAACAUGGCCCAAGUUUAUUGACCUUAACUGACCUUUGACUUGGUUUUGUGACCUGAAACUCACAGGGGAUGUUCAGUGAUGCUUGAUUACUCUUAUAUCCCAAGUUUUAUGAACUAGACCCAUAAACUUUCAGAGUUAGGAUGGUAAUUCAACAAAUACCCCAACACGGCCAAAGUUCAUUGACCUUUAAUGACCUUUGACCAUGGUCAUGUGACCUGAAACUCGUACAGGAUGUUCAGUGAUACUUGAUUACUCUUAUGUCCAAGUUUUAUGAACUAGAUCCAUAAACUUUCAGAGUUAGGAUGGUAAUUUAACAUAUACCCCCAACACGGCCAAAGUUCAUUGACCUUAAAUGACCAUUGACCAUGGUCAUGUGACCUGAAACUCGCACAGGAUAUUCAGUGGUACUUGAUUAACCUAAUGUCCAAGUUUCAUGAACUAAAUCCAUAAAUUUUCAAAGUUAUGAUGGUAAUUCAACAAAUACCCCCAACUUGGCCAAAGUUCAUUGACCCUAAAUGACCUUUGACCUUGGUCAUGUGACCUGAAACUCAGGCAGGAUGUUCACUAAUACUUGAUUAACCUUAUGUCCAAGUUUCAUGGACUAGAUCCAUAAAUUUUCAAAGUUAUGAUAGUAAUUCAACAAAUACCCCCAACUUGACCAAAGUUCAUUGACCCUAAAUGACCUUUGACCUUGGUCACGUGACCUGAAACUCGAGCAGGACGUUCACUAAUACUUGAUUAACCUUAUGCCUAAGUUUCAUGAACUAGGUCCAUAUACUUUCUAAGUUAUGAUGUCAUUUCAAAAACUUAACCUUCGGUUAAGAUUUUGAAAAUAAUUCUCCCAACAUGGUCUAAGUUCAUUGACCCUAAAUGUCCUUUGACCUUGGUCAUGUGACCUGAAACUCAGGCAGGAUGUUCAGUAAUACUUGAUUAACCUUAUGUCCAAGUUUCAUGAACUAGGUCCAUAUACUUUCUAAGUUAUGAUGUCAUUUCAAAAACUUAACCUUAGGUUAAGAUUUGAUGUUGACGCCGCCGUCGCCGUCGGAAAAGCGGCGCCUAUAGUCUCGCUCUGCUUUGCAGGCGAGACAAAAACUUAGGGGGGGCCGUCCCCCCACCUCAAAUUUAGGGGUGGAAGAUUCCCCCGUCCCCCGCUUCCGCCGCCUAUGCAAGUAAGAUAUGCUUUUUUUGAAAUUUUUGGCUUCCCGUAAUUUUAACACAGAGUUAGACCAUGGCCUAAGUUAAAAAGGACUUCGGAAUACGGGCUUACGGGUUUUAUAAUCAGACAUGGUUGAACAAACUCUGCAUCAAUUUUUCAUGCAUGAUGCUAGCCUGAUGGAAUAUUGGGCCUUUAAAUAAGUGUUUUUAAUAUGUAUUAUGUAUAUUGGGAAUCAUGUUUGUAAAUUCAAAAAAAUAUUAUAGUGGAAUAUUUUCAGUAUAAGAAUGUGACAUUUGACCUCUGACCUUGAGAUUUUCCAAAACUAAUCAGAUUAUCAUCACUCCUAUAUGCAUGCAUUACCUAAGUUUGAUGUUGAUCUCUCAAACUGUUCUACAAGUUUAUGGUAAUAAAAAAAUACGGGACAGACAUACUUUGCAAAAAAAAAUUGAUAUAGGGCGUUAUAUCGUACUUUUGAGAAAAUACCUGAUAGAAUGUCUUUCUUUCUUACUCUUGUUGUGUACAUGCUGUAUAUUUUGUUUGUAUGAAUUUUGAGGAGAGCCUUUAUACAGAAAUCACAUCCUUUAGGUCAUUCCCAGGCAUUGGUUGGUGUAAAUGUUAUUGUUUCAUUUGAGGCUAUUGUUAUGUUAUUAUAUGUCAUAUGUUCCUGG